UUUUCAGCCACUUGGCGCCACCCCGAUGGAGCUCAACCGUGCGGAGGUAGUUUACACAGUGCAAUACUGGGUUAUUUCAUCAUACCGGCAGAAAGUCUAGAAAAUCAUUUGAAUCACACCAAUCUACCUACGCCACACAUUCGCGGCUGAUAAAUAUAUCCGACGUAUCUCCCUGGAAAGUGGGAGAUCACCAUCCCAUGUCGCCGAAAUGUCAUCUCACGGAAAGCCGAUUUCUCGGAUCGCGAUUAUCGGCGUCGGCCAAGUCGGCGCCGCUGCCGCUUACGCGAUUAUUCUUCAUUCACUUGCCAGUGAACUGCUCUUAGUUGACAUCAGAACCCAAUUAAGGAACGGCCAGGUCAACGAUCUGUCCGAUGUAAGCUACAGCUGCAACAGCAAAACAAGUGUGCGAGCGGCCACCCACCAGGAGGCCCGCGACAGCGAUAUUGUGAUUAUUACCGCAGGGUCAAAUUAUUCCAUAGGCGAAACCAGCACCCAGCACAUUUACCAAAAGGUCUCGAUUAUUCGAAGCAUCAUCAAUGAAAUGAAGCCAUUUAGAUCAGACAGCAUUCUCCUCGUCGUGGCUAACCCUGUCGACCUUCUCACAUCGCUCGCGUAUAAGCUCUCCGAUCUACCAGCUUCCCAGGUUUUGGGCUCAGGAACCUUCCUCGAUUCGGUGCGAAUUCGUAAUCUGUUAGCGGAAACAACUGGGGUCGCGGCUAACUCGAUAGAUCUCUACGUAGUGGGCGUACAUGGGGACUCUCAGGUUGUGGCAUGGUCAGAUGCGACAAUCGCGGGCAUCCCAAUCAACAAAUCGCUCCCUCUCGGCACUUUGAGCCGCGACGAGCUUUCCAGUGAGUGCAAAAAUAGAUCGCGGAUAAUAAUCCAGGAGAAAGGUUCAACACCUCUUGGAAUUGGAUCCAUCAUAUAUAGCAUCUGCUCUUCUAUCCUGUCCGACAAGCGAAACGUUCGUCCCAUCAGUCAUUUCCAGCCCGAGUGGGGUUGCUGUUUCAGCUUACCUGUCGUCCUCGGGAGAGCAGGAAUCAUCAAGAAAAUUGAGAUGCCGUUGAGUAACGACGAGAGAGCUGCCUUAGAUGAGUCAGUGAAGGACCUGAGGAACAAGUUUGAGAGGAUCAAUGAAGAUCAGUAAGCAUCUAAUCAGGAUUAAGGCGAGGCCGAAAAUUGCAGCUAGAGAUACCGGAGUACAUCUUCGGGCACCACGGCGGCGAGAUAGUCGGUGAGCGAUGUUAUACAUUAUCCUUGCUGAGCUACAGUGGAUCGACAGCGGAUCGACAGAAUGAUAUUUGGCUCUCUUAAUGUUAAAUAGCUUGUUUGGAGGCCAGGCUUAUGGACCUCCAAGAAUCAUUUCUAUUCCUAUUCUUUUUCUUGCUCAAUAGGUAUUGGUCACAUUGACAUUUUCCUUCUUC